AUGAAAAUGAAGUGUCGGAACUGAGACAGUAGGUAGAGGAUAACGAGGAGAGGAGAGGAGGAAGAAAGAAUGUCCAACGCAAUAGCGAAUGGAGUGGCAGGAGCAGGCGCUGGAAUCGUUGCUCAGAUCAUCACUUAUCCCCUUCAGACGGUGAACACGCGUCAACAAACGGAGAGAAUCGCCAGGUCCAAACCCCCCGCUGCCGCUUCUGGCACUGGCACGCUUCUUCAGAUCCUCCAUGUCCUACGAACUGAAGGCUGGGGAGGACUUUACUCGGGGCUUAAGCCUUCUUUAUUUGGCACUGCUGCUUCACAGGGCAUUUACUACUACUUUUAUCAGCUAUUCAAAAAUAAGGCUGAGGUUAUUGCAAGGGCCCGUAAGCAAAAUGGCCGCGGGGAUGGCACUGUUGGCAUGUUUUCUUGGCUCCUUGUAGCCGCUCUUGCAGGGUCCUUGAACGUAUUGCUAACAAACCCAAUAUGGGUUCUUGUGACCCGUAUGCAGACUCAUAUUCAAGCAGAAAGAAAAAUUGCGGAGUCAAAAAGGGAAGCUCUAUUGAGGGAGGCUUCUGAAAGCAGCUUAAUAGGUUCAAGACUGCAAGAUAAAUUGGCUGAGCUUGAUUCAACAAAGCCUCAUCCUUAUGGAACCAUUCACGCGGCUCGUGAAGUUUAUGCAGAAGCAGGAAUACGUGGAUUCUGGAAAGGAAUCAUCCCAACACUCAUUAUGGUGUGUAAUCCCUCAAUCCAGUUCACGAUAUAUGAGAGCUCAUUAAAGCGUCUGAAGGAAAAACGUGCUGCUAAUAAUAAGCAUGGAUUAAAAAAUGUAACAGCUUUGGAGGUGUUUGCACUAGGAGCCUUGGCAAAACUUGGGGCAACUGUAACAACAUACCCUCUGCUGGUUGUCAAGUCAAGGCUUCAAGCUAAGCAGGAGAUUGGUGGAAAUAUAUCACUGAGAUAUUCAGGUACAGUUGAUGCGAUAAUCAAAAUGAUGAGGUACGAGGGAUUGCGUGGCUUUUACCAGGGGAUGAGCACUAAGAUAGUACAGAGUGUUUUUGCAGCUUCUGUACUUUUCAUGGUCAAGGAGGAGCUUGUCAAAGCUUACAUGUUCCUUAAUCAUAAGAUGUUGAAUAAAUUAAUCAUGUAUUAAGGUAUCUUCUUAAUAUGUUCAUAUGAAAAAUGGUAUUGAUGAAGCUUUCUUGUAAAAGGAGAUCACACAGAUCCUAUGAGGCUGAUAUUUGGCAGCAAGCACUAAUACAACAAAGCUUUUAACUUAAUAAAUACACUACUUAUCAAGCAGUUAGAAGCAAUUGUAACAUUCUAGCUCUUGCCUUGCUAUAUGUUGCUGUUUCUCCUUCCUUGCGCUUCUCACCCUGCAAUGCAAUGUUAGUCAAUCUUGUAUAAAUCAUAUUUCAUUGGCUGAAACCCAAGCUGUUAUUAGAAUCCUCAAAGAACUUUGAAAUGGGACCUAGAGAUAAAAUUACAGGCCUCAAUCCUUUAACCGUGACUUCUGCAAGAUUAAACACAGUCUCAUGCAUCCAUAUUUCAUACUUGUUAUUUUAUGUAUGAAAAAGAAAUGCCCACUCUUCAUGCUUCCUACUCCCAUUUAUGACACAUAAUAUUUGCGAGUGGAUCUCCCGAGGAAAAUGCCUGAGUAGGCCACACGAUAGCUUCUUGUCUAGGGCUUAUACACUUGUUCCAGCACAAAUUAAACUAAAGGAACAUAAAGUGACACAAAAACAAUCAACACUUGAAAUGAUUAAAUCCAAACACUAACCAUAUAAAACAAGUAAGCCUGAUGCUUAAACAAUUACGACCUUUAUUAACUUCACACUCUCGCUAAAUAAACGCACCAUCUUUGACAUCAUCCAAUCACCAUAAUAACACAAUUAAGCAUCAAAUAAUUUGAUCAUUUAUUCUUCUUGCAAAGCAAGAUAUACAAAUCCAAGAGUUAUCAACUCAAAUUUCUCCCUCAUUUUACAAUGUCAACUUUAUUUCGUAAUAGGAAAGAAACAUAUAUCCAGACCCAAAUAAUAUGUUACCGCUGAGCCGUUUGGCUCCCUCCCCACCC